AUGGUAUCAGAGCAGAUCGUUCCUAUAGAUCCUGAGGAUGGACUGAUUGUGCUUCUGUGCAUUCUCUGUGUUCACCCUCCGACCUUCAGAGGGACCUCGAAUCCUACUGAUGCUGAUAAUUGGAUACAGGCUAUUGAGCGAGCAUUACAGGCUCAGCAGGUUCCUGAUGAACAGUGGGUUGAGUUUGGAACCUACCAACUGCAUGGUAAAGCUCAGCAUUGGUGGCAGGGCAUGAGGCGCAUUCUGCAGCUUGACGGGGUUGUGAUCUCUUGGGAGUUGUUCCGAGAGGAAUUCUAUAAGAAGUACUUCCCCAACUCAGGAGCUCCUGAAGACUUUGCUGAGUGGAAGUACAUAAAGUAUGAAGGAGGCCUUCAGAGUGACAUUCAGAGCUUUGUAGCACCUUUGGAGAUUCGGGUGUUCUCUGAGCUUGUGAAUAAGAGCAGGGUGGCUGAGGAAUGUGUCAAAAGGGCUAACAAUCAGGGGCAAGGCAACUUCAGAAGGCCUAAUACCUAUGCUAAUCAGGGAAGGAGACAAGGGAAGCAGCCACAGCAGGAUGUGAGUUGCCACAUAUGUGGGAAGUACCAUUCUGGGCCAUGCAAGUUUGGGACUGGAGUUUGUUAUUCCUGUGGGCAGCCGGGACACUUGGCUAACAGUUGCCCAGAGAAGAAGACGUAUGAGAUGGGCAGAGUGCAGCAGCCAGGGAGAGUAUACACUACUUCUGCAGUAGGCGCUGAGGGGUCAGAGACAUUGAUUAGAGGUAACUGUGAGAUGACUGGUAAAACUUUGAAUGCCUUGUUUGAUUCUGGAGCUUCACAUUCUUUUAUUACAUUUGAGAAGGUUGAUGAGUUAUGA